AUGCGCUUCUCAAAGGUGUUAAUACCUAUUGUCAAUUUUGUGCUGUUGCAAUUGCAUCAAGCUAGCAGCGACAACGGAUGUAAAGCCGACUUUUCGCAGGUGGCAGGCAAAUGUCUUUUAACCACCCUCAAUUUGUACAAUUGGAAGGAAGCAGAUCGUCACUGCAAUUCCUUGGGUGCUGGACUCCUCAGCCUGGAGAAUGAGGCGCAGCUGGAACAGAUUUCACAAUGGUUGAAUGUAACAGAACCUUGGAUUUAUGAGUUCUGGACCUCGGGCAAUUCAUUGGGUCACAAGGGCUCCUAUUACUGGGAGAGUAAUAGGCUAAAUAUCUGCCCUGGUCAGCGGGUCAACCUCAACCAGCUAAUGGCGAUUGUCUGA